UAAAUCAGUCACAAAUAAAUUCUAUAACAUUUACAAUUCGAGAAAUAUCAGAUUAUUUACUCGUCCAUCAACAAAAGUCAUCAUUUUGUAUAAUUCUUGUGCGCAGAAUGUUAUCAGCAAUUCAAACAAUCUUAGGCAAACAAAAAUUUAUUUCUUCUCCAACACUAGUCAAAAUUGACUCGUAAAUAUAUACGCUGCCAUAACGAAAAUGUAUAAUAUGCACCAAUCAGAUAUCCAAUGUAAAAUUUAUGUCAAGCGUGCACAAAAAUUUUCAGACACUUAGAUAUAUAAGUACGACUUUGUUUUUAUAAUUGCCAGUUCAUAAUUACAAGGUCUCUGCGUGUCCCCCAUCCUUUGCCGCUAAUUUUACGCGAUAACUUAUCUAGUUUCUUUCCACUAUGCGUCACGACUGCAAUAACUAGUCGCGUGUGAUACGUGUGAUCGAAGUUACAUCAAUUUAUUAUAUUUGACAAAAGUCACGAAUUAUUAUCCAGAAACAACAUGACUAUCAUUUUGAUGUCAUUGAUUCUCGGGGCGCUUAUAGCUCUUUACUUUUAUAUGACGCGAAAUUAUACGUACUGGCAAAAUCGUGGAGUACCGUGUCCGGAUGGGGUCCUGCCGGGAUUCGGUCAUAUGUUACCGGUGAUCUCCCUAAGGACAUUUUUCUCCGAUUUCUGUUGCAAGAUCUAUAAUGACUACAAAGAUUGCAGCAUGGUCGGGAUCUACGACUUCACGUCGCCGACGUUGAUGAUUUUCGAGCCGGAACUGGUGAGAACGGUGCUGCAGACCAAUUUUUCGAAUUUCGCCGAGAACUCCAUCACACUCGAUCCCAAAAUGGACCCGCUACUGUCACACAGUCCUUUCGUCAUUAGCGGUGAGAAAUGGUUAACUAGCAGAAAGCGCUUGACUUACGCGCUUUCUAGCCCGCAACGAUUGAAACUUCUGGUUGAAAGCAUCAAAAAGGUGUGCACGUCGUUCGACAAUUACAUAAACGAAAAACUGAGCAACAAGCAAACGGAAUUCGAGCUGAAGGCCCUGUUCGCCAGACACGCCGCACAGGUGGUAGCCGCCAUUGGUUUCGGCGUGGAUGGAUACAGCUUCGAUGACGAGAAAAAGGAUAUAUCUUUUCGAAAAUUCGGACAAGCCAUUUUCGAGCCGACGAAUCGACAUAAAUUUAUGUUCGCUCUUACGUUUUUCGCUCCGUCGUUGAAAAAAAUCUUCAAAGUAAGGGUAAUUCCGAAGCACGUCGACCAUUUCUUCAGGACGCUGGUUGCGGACCUCAUGGAGCAAAGCAAGAAGGACGGAAUACCUAGGAAUGAUUUUCUCCAUUUGAUGUCUGAACUGAUGCGAGCGGAAGGCAAUGAAUUAGACAUCGAAUAUCUCACGAGUCAGACGAUGUUGCUCGUCUUCGAGAUCUACGAGGUCUUCAGCAGUGUUAUGAGCUUCGUCGGAUUACAUAUGGCUAAUUAUCCAGAAAUACAGGAGAAAUUGCGCGAGGAGGUGAAAUCCGUGCUCAACAGAUACAACGGUGAGGUCACUUACGAAAGUUUGAGAGAGAUGACGUACAUGGACCAGGUCUUGAACGAGUCGUUUAGAUUACUGCCCGCAGCACUGAUCAUGAAGAAACGAUGCACGGAAGAGAUCGAACUGAAAGGAUCCGAUGGAAUUGCUUGUCGCGUGCAACCCGGAAUGGAAAUCCUGCUACCGGUUCAAGCUCUGCACAAAGAUCCUCGAUAUUGGAAAAAUCCCGAAGAGUACGAUCCUGACAGAUUCGGCCCGGAUAGAAAAUACAACAUCAAAAAAUCCACUUUUUUUCCCUUCGGCGAAGGUCCGCGCACCUGCGUAGGCAUGAGAUCAGCCCAGGUACAAUUGAAGGCAGUUUUGGCUAUUACUAUGAAAACAUACACGCUGAAAUUAUCUCCGAGGACGCAAUUACCUCUGAAGAUGAUCCCCGGAACUAUUUUACCUACACCGGUAGGCGGUCUGUGGGUCACUAUUCAACAGCUUUAAAUACGAAUAUUUUCUUUUAAAUUUCUUUCCAACGUCACAAAUAAUUUUUUAUAUCUUAAGCAAAACUUUCUAAUUAGCUUUCCCGUAAAAAUGAAAUUGUCAUACAAUAAAAUUUAAUUACUGUAUCUUUACACAAAAUUACAAAAGAUUGGAAUAAAAUAAAACCUUGGAAUUUUAUGAUUAUUAAUAAGUUAUAAUCUUCCCUAAAAACACUAACUCAACAUUGCAACAAAAACACAGGAUAAUGAAGUCGCUUGCUCGUCACUCACUUUCACCCAGUCGAAUUUAUAGAAAUACGCAAAGUAGACGAGGAGAGCCGGUAGGACGAUCCCGAUGCACCAUUCCAACAUUGUCACUCUUCUCCCGGUAUCCCCGCGGUCUUUUGCAAUUUUUUUCUUUCAACU